AUGCCAAUCCAUCGCAUUUGGCUGUCCAUUGUCCCUGAUCCAUCGCAUUUACACACCACUACACUUCUCUUACACCUGCCCGCUAUCAUGACCCGCUCCCACAAGGCCAACGACCGUGACCACAAGGGCCUCGCCGACGGCACCGCUCUGCCCGUCGAGCAUCUGCCUCGUUACUUUGCCAAGAGUGGCUAUGCCGACGUCGAUCCCAAAAAGAUCAAGAAGGACGGUGCUGGCAAAGGCAACUGGGGUACCUUGCAUGAGGACAUCGCCGACGAGGACUUUACUUUUACCAAUGCCCGUCGUCGCUCCAACAGCAGCACCGUCUCCCACCAUGCCAAGGACUUUAGGACCAAGUUCGAGGUCAUUGACCCUGAGCCAGUCUUUGAAGAAUCUGUCCACGGGCCCCUCGAGGAGGAGACCGGCGAGGAUCUUUCCAAGACGGAUUCGUCGGAGAGCGGCCACUCGGCCUAG